AUGAAAGCUAAGUGCUGGUGCAUUCUGACAGAGUACAAGCUAGCAAAGAAAAAUAGUGCGGGAACGAAAUCAAAAGAUGUGUUCUCAAAGUUGCUGAAAAGGCUCACAGUUGAACUGUCAAACCAAGAAGAGAACCUCAAAGCAGGCUUUAAAAAGUGUGGUAUUUAUCCCUUUGACAAAACACCUGUACUCAACCGUUUACCACAAGAAUCACUCAACGAGAAACUCAACAAUACUGUGUCUGAAAUGUUUACAGAACAUCUAAAACGUCUUCGCAAUGAUGACAAUGACGGGCCAGCCAGGAAGAUGAGAAGGAAGAAGCGUGAGGUAGUUCCUGGGAGGAACAUUGUUGCCCCUCAAGAUCAAGAAUCUGUUGCAGAGGCAGUUGCAGGAAGGGCAAAGCCAGAAACUGCGGAGGUGACAUUUGUGUCAGAUGUUCCAUCGGAUGAAGAGCUGAACCUGUCCAGUGAAGGCGAGUGGACACCCGCUGAACAGGCCAGGAACAGGAGCAUAUUUGAUUAUUUUCACUGA